UCCCUCCGAGUCCCAUGACGUAUACUAGCUCAACCAGCGAAAAAGAAGGCAAAAAGUAAACACGUUAUUUCCUUAAGAUGGCCUCGACUUCUUGGGUUCGUGUUGUGCUCCUGGUGUCAUUCUCGGUCCUUCUGACAUUGGCUCUGGGCUUCGGGCUGCCUGCGGUCCUCAACUUAGCUGCCGGAUGCUUCGGCUUUGCAGAGAAGAGUGUCACGGAAUGCAUCGUGUUUGUUUAUUUGGUUUUCGUGGCAUACGUUGCAAUGCCUAGAGUUCCUAGAGGAGUGGUGGAGGUAAAAAACAAAGCAGUGUUCAUCACUGGCUGCGACAGUGGUUAUGGCAAAGCACUCGCUAAACACUUGCACAAACUUGGAUUCACGGUGUUCGCAGGCUGUCUUUUAAAGGAUGACGAUGGUGAGGGGGCGAAGGAGCUGGAGGAGCUCAAGUGUGAUCGCAUGAACGUGUUGCAACUCGACGUCCGCAGUGAGGAGCAGGUCACCAAGGCUGUGGAAUAUGUCCAAGAAGGUCUUGGUGACAAAGCAACAGGCCUGUGGGCGUUGGUGAACAAUGCUGGCAUUUCAACAUUUGGGGAAGUAGAGUUCACGUCUAUGGAUACCUACAAGCAGGUGUCAGAGGUCAACCUCUGGGGAACCAUCAGGGUCACCAAGGCUUUCCUGCCAUUAGUCCGCAGGGCCAAAGGCCGUGUGGUGAACCUCGCCGGGGUGUACGGCCGCAUGGGCUGCGUCCUGCGCUCGCAGCUCUGCGUCUCCAAGUACGGCGUGGAGGCCUUCUCGGACUGCCUGCGCUACGAGAUGAGGCUCUGGGGGGUGAAGGUGUCCAUUGUGGAGGCCGGGAGCCUCGCGGGCGCCAAGGGCAACCUGGCGCGCGACACGGUGUCCGCUACGGCCAACAAGCUGUGGCACGAGGCGGCCGCCCCCGUCAAGGAGGACUACGGGAAGGCGCACUUUGACCAGCAGAUGGCGCUGGUGCGCUCGGGCUGCACCGCCGGAGACCGCGACGUGAGGCCCGUGCUGGACGACAUCACGGACGCCAUCGUGUCCAAGAGGCCGUACACGCGCUACAACCCCAUGGAGCCGCACUGGUGGAUCCGCAUGCAGCUCAUGACGCACCUGCCCGCCGCCCUCUCAGACCGACUGUACUUCUAAGAUGGCCACCGGGGAGAUCGCAGAGUCGCCACAACCCCCGUUGGUAGUAAGCGGCGGGAACGGACUCUAGUGCAAUUGGUCCGUAGACUCCACCGACUCCCCAGGCCUCCUCCAGACCUGAAUCCACGUCACUCACAGCCUUAAAUGCUCAAACGUUCAACCAUUGCACUUUGAUUCUCUGUUUGUUUAUCCCGUUAUAUUCAGGUUAAUACGUUCCACAGGGUUGUUGUUGCCUUAUGGUUUGGUAACAGCACGGCUCUGAGAGUCCGGAUGAGGAGAGCUUCAGGUUGGAUGGUGAUGCUGAAUGCCAAUGGUAUGCUGCUGCAUGGGGAGGGGGAAUUGAAAUGCCUUUUUCUUCGUUUUUAGCUUCUGGCCGAGACCAGGGCAUUUCAAGCGGAGUCUCCUGCCGUUCAGUUGAGGCCCGCUCCAGGAACCGGCCGGGGCCGGCCGGUAGGACUGUGGGCAGACCCUGCCAGGGACCCUGGUUAUGUAAUGGAAACAGAAGCAGCCUUUGUCUAACGCGUUUCAUAGGAUCCCGUUAGUUGCUUUAACAAUUUCGUUUUUUUCCCCCGCUGCAAGUGGAGUUUCAUCAUUCUAUGGAAGCCAUAGUUAUGACCGGAAAAACGUAUCAGCCUUAAAUAUGUCUGUUCAGAUGCAGCGAAAAAUAUGGUUGUAUUAUUUUUGGUUAUUAAAUACAAUCUUGUUAACCUUGGAUUUAGUACCACUUGAAGCCACCAGGGAGUGUCAAAGUAUUGGGUUUAACAUUGUGGCCUUUGUGUUGGCUAUCUGUUGGCUCCUCAUCAUUCACAGCCCUGCUGAGGAUCACCAUGUUAACAGAUAGAUAGGCACUUUAUCUUGUAAGCACUAGAGUACAAUUGUGAUAUUCUACUAGAUAUUGCCUGUAGGUGCUGCAAUGAUUUCAUUAAGAAUGAAUGUCAAAAUAUGAUGUCAUGUCAGUUAAGUAUAAUUUCGCAAAUGUUUCAUGUGCAGAAAACAGUAAUGCCAGAACCAGAUGUUUAACAUUAACAUCAUGGUAUCGAGUAGGCUAUGUUAUUGAUAUGAACCGACUUUUACGUGCAACCCGACUAUUCAAAAUAGCCUAUGCAUUUAAAUAGCAUUAAGUCUUUCCACAAUUAGGUUUCAUACAACUAUUUUCAAAUUAAUACCUAAUUUAUUUUAAUACCCAUGUGUCUACUUAAACUAGACACAGAAGAUUAAGCAUAAUCACACGGAUUCAAUCGCCAUCUUUGUCAAUUUCAGAUAAGUGUACUCAAUUGAAAUCCUUCCAAAACAAUCAGCUCAGUCUUUAAUGUCCUAUCAAAGAAGUGAUUUGUAUCAAUGAAUAAAACAUUUUAAUACGC